AACCGAAGUACCAAAGUUUAAUCAUAUCCGAAAAAUGGCACCUCCAAAAGUAUUACUUGGACAAAAUAGACAAAACGGCACUGCAACUUUGAGAAAAGGAAUAACAACCAGAAGUCAAAAUUCUUUAUUGAGCAAUGUAUUAAAACCAUCCAAUAGCAAAGAAUCUCGCACUAAGCGAAAAUCAGAUGUAUUUUCGCCACUUAAAGAAAAAACGAACAAGAGAUACGCUUUUACAAAUAUCACCAAUGCCAUUACUACGUCGCUAGUAGGGCAUAAUCCAACAAAAAAGGUAGUUACUCAGCCCAAACCAGUUGGAAGUAACAUUGCUUCAGAGAAACCUGCAGAUGUUACUACAUCAAAAGUUGUACCGGCGAAAGUAAAACCGGCGCCUCGUAUUAAGUCUAUUCUCAAAAAGGAUGAUAAAACAGAAAUUAUUAACAAAGUUGUAAAUAUUAGACGAAGUGCAGAUUUAGAAAAAUCUGAGGAUAAUUCGUUAUACGUCAGUGCUUUGGAAGACGUUAAUGAUAGCAUAAAAAAGACUCGCAGGAGUAGCAAUAAUAAGGUUGAUGAAAAAACUAAUGACAAACCAACAUCAAUAGCAGAAGAAAGAGAACCCACAUCUCCUACGAAAGAGAAUGAAGUUUCAGCCACUACUUUAUUAAUCGCUGUACCUGUAAGAGAAUUACCCGAAGGAGUUCAAUGGGAUUUUGAUGUCGAAAAUUGGCUAGAUCCAUACCAGAUAUCACAUUAUGCAAUGGAUAUUUUCGAAUACUUGAAGGAACGAGAACAUUUAUUCCCCAUCAGCGAUUACAUGGACCGGCAAGUAUGUCUCUCACAAUGGAUGAGAGCGCUACUAGUCGACUGGAUGGUUGAGGUUCAGGAAUCAUUUGAGUUGAACCAUGAGACCCUAUAUCUGGCUGUAAAACUUGUCGAUUUAUAUCUGACAAAAAUGACAGUCGGGAAAGAGACUCUACAACUGCUUGGCGCUGCAAGUCUUUUCAUAGCGAGCAAAUUUGAUGAAAGAAUACCACCAAUGGUGGAAGAUUUCUUAUAUAUAUGUGAUGGCGCUUAUACACAGAGAGAACUGAUAAAAAUGGAAAUGAAUGUUUUAAAAGUAGUCAAUUUUGACCUGGGAGUGCCUCUUUCUUACAGAUUUCUUCGGCGUUAUGCUAGGUGUGCCAAGGUCUCCAUGCCCACGUUAACUCUGGCUCGGUAUAUAUUGGAACACUCGUUGAUGGAUUAUACGAUGAUCAGAUUUAGUGAUAGCAAAAUGGCAGCGGCGGCGUUGUUAUUGGCAUUGCUAAUGAAAGAUCUAGGAGGAUGGAAUCCAACAUUAGAAUACUAUAGCGGUUAUAAACUGGAUGACAUAAGAGAUAUUUGCAAUCUUCUGAAUCAAAGUUUACAUAGGAAGCAUAAAGAAACAUUAAAAACUGUUCGCAGCAAAUACAGCCACAAGAUUUUCUUCGAAGUUGCGAAGCUGCCCCUAAAAGAGACUUUAGACAUAUGA